AGAUCACGAAAGUCUAACUAAUUAAAAACGAGAAAAUACUAAGAACAAUCUUUUAUUAGUUGAAAAAAAAAAAGAAAAUAUGCCUUAAAAGAAAAGAAAAUCGACAUCGUUGCCGAGUAUCUAGAGAAAAAAUGGAUCGAUCUAAAAUGAGCACAAGGAACAACUGCUGCUGUUAAUUAAUCGCCAUAAAAAACAAGAAUAAUCAAAUAUCAAAAUCCAAAAAGAUUUCUUCUUCCUUUAACACCACAUCGUAUUUCUGGUGUCUUUAUUCACCAAUCAUCCAAACUCUGACAGAGCAAUACACCAUUUCACGAGCUGACACGCGCGUGCGCACACACACAACUCAUCGCUCACUAUUCCGAACCCGCAGCUGCUUUUCGCUUCCUAUCAGUGUAAAUGCAGACUAGGUAUAUGGAAAGAACAAACUCGAUGAAAGGAAGAGGAAAAAGGAGUUUGGAUGGUGGUGGAGAUGAAGAGCAGGAGCCCGAGAGAAAAAGGCCUGCUUUAGCUAGUGUUAUUGUCGAAGCUCUAAAGGUGGAUAGUCUCCAGAAGCUUUGUUCAUCCUUAGAACCAAUCCUCCGGAGAGUGGUUAGUGAAGAAGUGGAACGAGCUUUGGCCAAGCUGGGUCCUGCUAUGCUGAAUGGGAGGUCAUCUCCUAAACGGAUUGAAGGGCCAGAUGGGAGAAAUCUGCAGCUUCACUUUAAGUCCAGGCUUUCUCUUCCGCUGUUUACUGGGGCGAAAGUAGAGGGUGAGCAGGGUGCUGCUAUUCAUGUUGUUCUAAUUGAUGCCAACACAGGCCAUGUUGUAACAUCCGGACCUGAAUCCGCUGUUAAGCUGGACAUUCUUGUGCUAGAAGGUGACUUCAAUAAUGAAAAUGAUGAAGGCUGGACUCAGGAAGAGUUUGAUAGCCAUGUCGUGAAAGAACGUGAGGGAAAGAGGCCUCUUUUGACUGGGGAUUUGCAAGUCACACUCAAGGAAGGUGUUGGAACUCUAGGAGAUCUUACAUUUACAGAUAAUUCAAGUUGGAUAAGGAGCAGGAAAUUCAGACUUGGCCUGAAACUUGCAUCAGGAUAUUGUGAGGGAAUUCGCAUUCGUGAAGCAAAGACGGAAGCUUUUACUGUCAAAGAUCAUCGAGGGGAAUUGUACAAGAAACAUUAUCCACCUGCUUUGAGUGAUGAGGUGUGGAGAUUGGAGAAGAUCGGGAAGGAUGGGUCAUUCCACAGAAGGCUUAAUAAUGCUGGGAUAUUUACCGUGGAGGAUUUCCUUCGGCUUGUGGUCAGGGACUCUCAAAAGUUGAGGAAUAUACUUGGCAGUGGUAUGUCAAAUAAGAUGUGGGAUGCUCUCAUUGAACAUGCCAAGACUUGUGUUUUGAGUGGGAAGCUUUAUAUAUAUUAUCCUGACGAGACAAGAAAUGUAGGUGUUGUUUUUAACAAUAUCUACGAAUUGAGCGGUCUUAUAUCUGAUGAUCAAUACUAUCCUGCGGAUUCACUUUCUGAUAGCCAGAAGGUAUAUGUGGACACUUGGGUGAAAAAAGCAUAUGAUAACUGGAGUCAAGUUGUUGAGUAUGAUGGAAAAUCGCUGCUGAAUUUCAAGCAAAUAAAGAAGUCAAGCACAUUGACCGAUCUUCCUUUGAGUCCGGUCAAUUUCCCUAAUACCACAGUCAAUCAGAUUACGCAGCAGAGAUUGCCUAUUUCAGUUCCCCCCGAGCCAUCGGUGGAUCAGAGUGUGCUAGCUGGAGGUUCAGGUUAUAAUGAUGAUAUGGCUGCAAGAUAUCGAAAUCCGUCUCAGCUUAUAAGUCCUGGUCCGCGCCCCCAGUUUGAUGCAACAUCAUUUGCACCGAACAACCAUCAGGUCAGCCAUCCCAACCAGUUCCAAAGCGAUGCAUAUGACCUCGCCCUUGGUCCUCCUCAAUCGACUUCGUCAUUCCAAGAAGGGAACUCUUCUCUUCACCAAGCAUUACCCUUCGAGGAUUGGCCCAGCUCCCGGGAGAAGGGUGUCGAUUUCUUGUCUGAGGAGGAAAUUCGUAUGAGAAGUCACGAAAUGCUGGAGAACGAAGACAUGCAGCACCUGCUCCGGCUUUUCAGCAUGGGCGGCCAUGCCCCCAUUAAUGGUCCGGAAGACGGUUACGGGUUCCCAUCUUACAUAUCGUCGCCUUCUCCGGGAUUUAGCUACAACGAGGAGCGAAGCCGUUCAGGGAAGGCGGUUGUGGGUUGGCUGAAGAUCAAAGCAGCGAUGAGAUGGGGCAUAUUCAUCAGGAAGAAAGCAGCUGAAAGGCGAGCUCAGCUUGUGGAGUUAGAAGAUUAGAAUUUGUUGUUCAAGUACAUAUCAGCAGUGUCUGACAAACAUAGGAGGAACAUAUCGGAACUCAAGUUUAAUGCAUCUCUGUAUUAGUGUCCUGUACAGUGGUGAAGUGAUUGGGUUGUAGGACUUAGUAGUAAACUUGCUUGUUUUCUCACUCUUCAUACCUUAUUGCUGACUCAUUCAAAUUCAAUGGCUUUUCAAGUGCAA